AUGAAACAAAAUGAAAAAAAAAGCACAUACCUCACCUCAGAGGAGGCGGCGGAGGAGGCCGGCGGGAGGGCGGCCGGGGCGCGGCUUGGACGGCGGGAGGGCGGCCGGGAUGGCCGCCGGGAGGGCAGGGCGGCGGCGCGGCUCCUCGAUGCCGGCUCCUGGGCGGCCGGUCAGGGCGGGAGGGGAGGCGCGAGGGCGGCCGGGCCGCGGCGGCGCAGGGGAGGCGGGAAGGGCGGCCGGGGCGGGGGGGAGGGCGCACGGCGGGGCGGGGAGGCGGAGGGGCGGCCGGGGAUGGAGCGCCGGGGCGCGGCGCGGCGGGAGGGCGGCCGGAUCCGGGGAGGGGGAGCUGAAAAUUCCCUCCCGCGCGUCGUUGGCGAUGGAACCGGGUCGGGGAGGGGUUGGGCUGGCCAACCCCUGUUUCUACAGGCUGGGAAUGAGAAUAGGGUUUGA